AUGAGAACUGUGUGCAGCCCCAAAAUGGCUAGAGUAAUGGGUGCUGAUCGGGACGCGGCUAAGCAUCCGCGCUUCGGGGAGGUGAAGCGCCGCGGACUUGAGUCAGCACUGGAGCUUGAACUUCUGAGGUGGCUCGCGUGGGAUGCUGCGGGAACGGGUGGGGUUCUCGUCGAGUCCACGGUUGUUCCUAUGGGGCCGCCAUCCGACGACCUGCCGUCUGCCCUGCUGCACCCGGUGCUGACGAUGUGGAAGGGCCUCCGAGGCGCGCUGGUAUCUGGGCCAGCAGGGUCCGUCUCGUCGGCGGUACAGGCUGCGCUGGACACGACCACGGCAAAGAAUGUGGUUGCCAUGCUGCCCAGGGAGACACUCCGCGUCCUAGAUGACCCGGCCCCGUCGUCGGUGGCGUAUUACUCCCCUCGGACCGUGUCAAAGCGCUACGCUGCCGUGGCCCGCGCUGCGUAUCACGGCGGCAGGGCCGCGGGCUUGAGGUCCCUCGAUACGCUGAUCAAUACGCACCUCCACGCUGCGUGGCAGGCUGGCUUCCCACAGGGUAUAGAUGUGCUCAAGCCGUUCCCCCUGCACACCACGAGGAUGACCAGCCAGGCUGUUGCGCUCGCCGAGUCGCUUGCCGGCUGCCCCAUCAUGCCGUCGGCCGGCUGCCCGCCCAAUAUGCCCAGGUGUGCUACGCCGUGCCGCGCGCAGCCCGUGUCGACGGGUAGCCAGUACCGCGGGAGUCAACAGGGGGUGUUCACUCUCGGCGUUGUGCCGCAUCCUUGGACCUUGGCCGCCCUCGAUAUGCUGCACGACACGCUCGAUGUGCAGCACCGCGGUGCAGCGCAUGAUGUGUGGGUGGCCACGGUGAUGGGGGAGCAGGGCGGCGCGUCCAUCCGCUCGUUCAAGGAGAUUGCUGCUGCCGGCGCCGGCACUUCAUCUCUCUGGCUCACGGCCGAGGAUCCCCUCCCCGUCGAUCUGGACUGGAUGUUUGGCUUUGCCCUGCCAAGGAGGCACCUCGCCGUCACGACGUCAACAAGUCCCCCUGUCGUUGCUGCCGCUGCGGUUAAUCCCGUCGAGGAUCCGGCGUUAGAGUGGAUCCUGCUCGAGCGCGCGAGACAGAUUGUCGCCGGCGACGACAAGGACAAGGACGAUCUGAAUGCCAGGGCUGAGCUGGAGGAGUGGAAUCCCGCUGAUACUGAGGCGUGGAAGUUUGCUCGCGGUAUGCUUGCCCGGGGCGCUCUGGAACGGGCGCUCAGCGGGGCUACUGUGAAGACACGAAGAAGAAUUUAA